AUGCAGUUUUUGGAGUUGGCCAUAACCUUUGGUCAACCCGUGCUUAUAGAGAAUGUGGGUGAAAAGCUCGACUCGAAUCUGACGCCCAUUCUGGAGAAGAACAUCAUCAAACACAAGGGCGGUGUGUUUAUCAAGAGCGGCGACCAAAUGAUAGAAUACAAUCCCAACUUUCGUCUUUACAUAACGACCUGUCUCCGCAAUCCGCGUUAUCCGCCGGAAGUGAUGGUUAUGGUAACAGUAUUAAAUUUCAUGAUAACGGAGCAGGGAUUACGCGAACAAUUGCUGGCGAUUGUGGUGGCUCACGAGCGUCCCGAUUUGCAAGAGAAGAAGGAACAAUUGAUUAUUGAGUCCGCAAGGAAUCGUGAUGCAUUGUACACCAUCGAAUCGAAGAUAUUAGAGAGGAGAAAAAUGGAGAAGGCAGGACAGGAUCAGUGGUGGUGGCAUGGGUGGCAGAGUGGUUCCACCACCGAGAGUGGCACGUAA